AUCAACGCGUCUUCCUGAACCCGGUUAAUUGUUUCAUUGGCUCACAGCGUAGCCUAGCCCUACUCAUCCACUGGGAUCCGCAGUGGAAUUGUUUAAUGUGAAUCUGGAAAAUAAUGGCUUUAAGAUUACCAAGACCGUCCAAGCCAAGCUGCCUUCUGUAAUAACUCAACGCACAUGAUGCUGAAGAAGUCAAGCAUCCACAUGCUGCUUGGAUUUGCGCUUUAAAAAAACAUCCAGAGCUGCUGUCUUCAUCGGGGGCCCGUGGAAGCAUGGCCCCGGAUGACCCCCUCUCCUCCAAGCCACCGCUUGGCACACCAACCGCUCCCGCUCAAACCAGGCUCCCCAAGAAGCGCGCCACGCGGCCGCCGCAUAACCUGCCAUCUCCGGCGCUGUGCUGCGCUUGCGGGCUGUGCGUCACGCUAGCCGGCGUCAACAUUACCCUAGUGGGCGCCUUUGCGUUCGGCACCCUCCUGCCCAGCAACAACCCGCCCAUCAUCAUCGGACCCCUCCUCCUACUCGUGGCUUUGGCCUUUUUCACGACGUGCUGUGUGUUCAGCAGGAGGUCCGCGCGCCCCGCUACGUCUGUGGGCGCGGCGGGGUGCGACUCGAGCUCGGGGCUGAUGAUGAUGAAGAUGGGAGGCGCCGUGGCGUUUGAGAUGGAGACCAGUGAGCACACGCUACCGGACACCAUCGCCGUUCAGCUCAGCCCCACCGACUCCCUGACAUCGUCAUCGCCCAUCCAGGAGGAGCACCCUGCUCUAGGCGCAACCACGGGGACAGCGCAUGGGUUGGGUGAAGGAGAGGCGGGCCCUGCUGAUGGGACCCCUACCCUUCCUUGAUCAGCGUGCAGGUGCAAUGGCUACGUUCGGAUCCAGCUUUGAUAAGACUUGGAGUCGUCUGUGGAUCUCUGUUGGUCAAUUGAGAUGUUCAAUAUACAUGAUAACAUCACAAUUUGAUUACAUUGAUAAAUUAUAACAUUACAAUUUAUCAAUGAGAUUAUUAAAGAGAAGAACUGCCUAUUGACGUGAUUUUAGUCAGGACUUGCCAAACCAAACUGUAAUUCCAGUGGUAAAUAUGCACUUCUUAUGCAAACGUAUAGGUUCUGUUAAUGCUGAGAAAAAAAAUUAUAUAUAAAUCCGACAAAACUGGCUUACGUUUCAGCUUGCAGACGUUAAAAGUAAAAUGUAAAACGUUGAAUGUAAUAAAUAUCACCAAAUAAUACUUAACAAUAGAAACUAAUGCUUAUACAAUACUAUUUUUUAUAAUACUAGACCUAUUUCUCCCCCUCAUCACUCACAUUUAUAAUCAUACGAUGCUUUUUGCCCGUGCGCAUCAGAACCAGCAUUUGCUGUCACGGCUGGAUUACUGCUGUUUAUCUAUUAUUACACA